AUGGCGCAUGAAUUUGCAAAGAGAAACGAAAUCUUGAGAGAUGAAUGGAAUAAAUUGAAUGCUGCCGAAAGGGCACCUUUUGAGAGUGCUGCAAAGGCUGACAAAGAGCGUUACACUGCUGAAGUGGAACAAGCUAAGAAGGAUGCCGCUCCAAAGAGACCAUUGUCUGGUUACUUCAGAUGGUUCCAAGAGAACAGAGAGGCUUUGUUGAAUGCCAACCCAGGUAUUGCUACAAAGGACUUGGUGAAACUUGCAGGUGCUGAGUGGAGAAAACUGAGCACAGAUAUCCAAGAGUCCUUCAACAUUGAGGCCAGAAGAGAUAUGGAUGUGUGGAAACAGGACUAUGCUAAAUGGAAGGAGGCAAAGAACUCAAUCUGA